UAGCGGAAUGAGCAUCCAAAUCUGUUGAGAAAUUACUUUGUAAAGUUGAAUGUCCUACGUGACCCUCUUAGCCCUGCACUUGAUGGUCAUUUGGGGACAGUGGCCCCAAUGCACAGGUCAGUGACUUUUGUAACCAAAAACCAAGGGGUGCUAGACAAUGUGACUACUGCAAAGUAAUCUUUAACACACAUGCUGUCUCUGAGGGAAGCUGUGGAAAGUUGGCCCCGGCCAGUCGACCUUCCUGAAGGAACUGUAUAAGUCGAUUCAGUUGAACGUAAAGAUCCAUCACUGCGGGUGUCGGAGCCAGAUGACCCUGGGGGAGCUCUACAGGCCGAACGAGAGCCUUUCAGAUGGGCAACUUUCCCACCACGGUGAAGCACUGCCUGAGCUACGAGGAACUAAUCCAGGAUUAUCCGUGGCUAGCACGCUGGCUGCAGGAGGAGAAGCGAGCUUUAACACAUGAAUACCCAGAGUAUGUUAAAAUUGUUGAAGUCGGGCCAAGAGACGGACUUCAAAAUGAAAAGGAAAUGGUUCCAACUGGAGUCAAAAUCCAGCUGAUAGACAUGCUCUCGGAAACAGGCCUGCCUGUGAUCGAGGCCACCAGUUUUGUGUCUUCAAAGACUACGGAGGGGAAACCUGCUUCUCCAUCAUCCCAGUUAUUCCCUAGACCCGGAGAUGUUUUGAGGGUAUUGAGACAUGAUGGGGAACAGCUAGCUCUAUUUCUAUAUGAGCUUCUGAUGGCGGACCACACUGAAGUACUUCAAGCCAUCCACAGAUCUUCUCAUGUUCGUUAUCCAGUUCUGACACCCAACAUGCACGGCUUUCAGGAUGCUGUUGCAGCUGGUGCUACUGAAGUGGCCGUGUUUGGGUCUGCAUCUGAGACCUUCAGUAGGAAAAACAUCAACUGCUCUAUAGACGAGAGCAUUCUGAGGUUCGAGGAAGUCAUUUGCACUGCCAAACAACGACAGAUUCCAGUCCGUGGAUAUGUUUCUUGUGCACUAGGAUGUCCAUACGAGGGACCCAUUGAAUCCACUAAAGUUGCAGAGGUGGUGAAGAGGUUGUAUGAACUGGGCUGCUACGAGGUGUCUCUGGGGGAUACUAUCGGUGUGGGCACCCCAGGCUCCAUGGCCAAGAUGUUACACAGCGUCAUGAAGGAGGUACCCAGCAGCGCUCUGGCCGUUCACUGCCAUGACACUUACGGCCAGGCCCUGGCCAACAUCCUAACCGCACUGCAGAUGGGGAUUUGUACAGUGGACUCGUCUGUAGCAGGUCUGGGAGGGUGCCCAUAUGCCCAGGGUGCCUCUGGCAACGUGUCAACAGAAGAUGUUCUCUAUAUGCUCCAUGGAAUGGGCAUUAAAACCGGAGUGGAUCUCUCCAAAGUAAUCGAGGCAGGUGACUUCAUCUGCAAAGCCUUAAACCGCAAGACCAACUCCAAGGUAGCCCAAGCAAGAGGCGAUUACUCUGUGCAUUGCCGCAUGAAGAAGAUAAAUACUUGACACCUUAUCCUUUUGAACAUUGUUCCUUUUCAUGCUGCAUAUAGAUAGCAAAUUAUACAAUACAACGUGCACUAUACUUCAUUUUUUGGACAAAAAUGUAUAGCCAUUUAGCAGAGGCACUUUAUUAAAGCGUUGCUGGAUAAGGCCUACUUAAAUUCAAGAAAUAACUAAACUUUUUAAACCAAAUAACUUGUAUCACUGUAUAGUCUGUCUGAUAGGAGGUAGAAGAGAUGACUCCUCACUAAGUUGUGAAAGUUAUUCAUGAUGUUGAUGUUUGGGGUCUCUUCCCAUUCAUUUCCAGCUCAAUGUGGUUACAAUUAGACAAGGGGACCUGAGAGGGUUAAGGGAGUCCUGCUGGGUUUAAAACCAGUGUGGGUCGAUCAUUAUCUCCCUCAAAAUGUAUUUUCAUUUCCUAAGUCACUUGCUCUGUCAAGAUGGAAGUAUGUCUGCCUCCACAUGUGAAAUAUGUAUUUGUUUUCUCUCUCUUCAUCCUUCUCACCAGUGCAUGACCCCAUUCCAUAAGUUGGAUAAGGUCAUUCAUUCAUUUUAUUUUGUAGAGUUAAAUGGACAGUAGUCUGCAGCUUUAUGUUGAACUAUUGUAUUUGCAAUAGUCAGAAGGGACAAAUGUAUUUUAGCUGGUGAAGCAUCUCAUCCGCUACUUUUGAUAGAAGUAGGCCUGACAAUAUCUAUGAGAACACUGAACAAUAUCAAAUAUUGGUAAAUUAAAUCCCAACAUUAACUUUGUUGUAUAACAAAGCAUUUAACCUCCCUUCCACUAGACAGUCCUCCUUUUUAAACGCCUUACCCUUGCAGAUAAGUUGAGCAAAUGUCAAUAUCCAUGAGUAAAGUAUUUUAUUAAUUUGCUUUUUAAUAGUAAUGAAUGUACUGUAUUAUGUAUUGUGUGAGUAUUAUGUAUUAUGUUGCAAAGUGCCAUAAUAAUAAGUAAUAUAUUGAAUGUAUGUAGUGCCUUUAUUCUAUGGGUUCAAGAAAGGUGGCAAAUAUAUUAUAUAUUAAAUGAAGAGUUAAUAGCUAAUAGCUAAUAAUUAGUUAGAAAGGUAAUUUUGUUUUUGCAAACCAAGGUAACAUACAUAAUGGUUUCCCUUUAUAUUGUACUUGGAUUGGAGAAAAUAUCAACAGAAAUACACUGAAGAGUGUUAUGGUAAACCAUGGUGAAUCCAACAUGUUUAUUACAUGAAGAUAAUAAAGGUUGAUUAAGCAAA